AUGCUUGGAGGUAGACUGUGUGACACACCUCUAGAACUAGGCCAGAAACUAAGUGAGGAUCAAGGGGGAAAUCCAGUGGACAGGAGGAGAUACCAAAGGCUAGUGGGUAAGCUUAUAUACUUAUCCCACUCACGUCUAGACAUUGCCACUGCAGUGAGCAUGGUUAGCCAGUUUAUGCAUGCACCUAAAAGUUCUCACUUAGAGGCAGUUAUGAGAAUCCUGAGAUACUCGAAGGUUUCUCCUGCGAAGGGUCUCUAUUUCUCAAAACAUGGACAUCUCAGUGUUGAGGCAUUCACUGAUGCGGAUUGGGUUGGAUCAGUUACUGACAAACGAUCAACUUCUGAAUAUUACACAUUUGUUGGAGGCAACCUAUUCACGUGGCGAAGUAAGAAACAAAAUGUGGUUACUAGAUCUAGUGCUGAGGCAGAGUUCAGGGCUAUGGCUUAG